AUUAUAAAUAAUUCUCUGAUGUAUAAUUUAGUUGAGUCUGGAUUGAAUAGUCUUUUAAACUAUCAGUCGUGUUUUCAAAACUAUAUCAUUCUUACUAAAAUGUUAUUGAUGCAGAUCCAGCCUGUGACAAUACCUGGAAAGAGUAUGAAUGUUUCAGAGAACUGGCUAUUCAAUCAUUCCUCAUUAGCAUCUCAAGUUCAUGCUGCUGCUGUUAAUGGAGAUAAGAGCACCCUCCAAAAGCUAAUAGCAGGAAACCUUGAUCUGAAAAAUAAAGAGGACCAGUUUGGGAGAACACCACUCAUGUACUGUGUGCUGGCUGACAGAGUGGAUUGUGCUGAGGCCUUGCUGAAGGCAGGAGCAGAUGUUAAUAAAUCUGAUCGCAGCCAGAGAACUGCUCUUCAUCUUGCUGCACAAAAGGGAAAUUAUCGCUUCAUGAAACUUUUACUGGCUCGUAGAGCAAACUGGAUGAAGAAGGAUUUAGAAGGAAUGACUCCUUUGCAUUUAACUACCCAGCACAAGAGUCCAAAAUGCUUAGCUUUGUUGCUAAAAUACAUGGCACCAGGAGAAGUUGAUACACAGGACAAAAAUAAGCAAACUGCUCUGCAUUGGAGUGCCUACUACAAUAAUCCAGAGCAUGUGAAACUUCUCAUAAGACAUGAUUCUAACAUUGGAAUCCCUGAUAUUGAAGGCAAAAUCCCACUUCACUGGGCAGCUAAUCACAAGGAUACCAGUGCAAUUAACACAGUCAAAUGUAUUCUGGAUGCUGCUCCUACAGAAUCUCUACUGAACUGGCAGGACUAUGAAGGACGAACUCCCCUUCAUUUUGCUGUGGCUGAUGGGAAUGUGGCAGUGGUUGAUGUCUUGACUUCUUACGAAGGCUGCAAUGUGACAUCUUAUGACAAUCUAUUUCGAACACCUCUUCACUGGGCAGCUUUACUGGGCCAUGCACAAAUUGUCCAUCUCCUAUUAGAAAGAAACAAGUUUGGAACCAUCCCAUCUGAUAGCCAAGGAGCAACACCCCUACAUUAUGCAGCACAGAGUAACUUUGCUGAAACAGUUGAAGUAUUUUUGAAAUAUCCCUCUGUGAAAGAUGAUUCAGACCUUGAGGGAAGAACAUCCUUUAUGUGGGCGGCUGGGAAAGGCAGUGAUGAUGUUAUCAAGACUAUGCUGAAUUUUAAAUUGGACAUUGAUAUCAACAUGACAGACAAAUAUGCUGGCACAGCCUUACAUGCAGCUGCCCUUUCUGGCCAUGUCAGCACUGUGAAAUUGCUCUUAGAACAUAACGCACAGGUAGAUGCUACUGAUGUCAUGAAACACACUCCUCUUUUUCGAGCCUGUGAAAUGGGACACAAAGAAGUGAUACAGACACUUAUUGAAGGGGGAGCAAGAGUAGAUUUGGUUGACCAAGAUGGCCAUUCUCCCCUUCACUGGGCCGCUUUGGGAGGAAAUGCUGAUGUAUGCCAAAUACUGAUAGAAAAUAAAAUCAACCCGAAUGUGCAGGAUUAUGCAGGAAGAACUCCCUUGCAAUGUGCUGCAUACGGAGGCUACAUUAACUGCAUGGUAGUGUUACUGGAAAAUAACGCAGAUCCAAAUAUUCAAGAUAAAGAGGGAAGGACUGCCUUACACUGGCUAUGUAAUAAUGGCUACCUGGAUGCUAUAAAGUUGCUGCUGGGCUUUGAUGCUUUCCCUAAUCACAUGGAAAACAGCGAAGAAAGAUACACUCCACUUGAUUAUGCUUUGCUUGGCGAACAUCAUGAGGUAAUUCAGUUUAUGUUGGAACAUGGAGCUCUUUCUAUAGCUGCCAUACAAGACAUUGCUGCCUUCAAAAUCCAAGCUGUCUACAAAGGAUACAAGGUUAGAAAGGCUUUCCAAGACAGAAAAAAUCUUCUAAUGAAGCAUGAACAGCUGAGAAAAGAUGCUGCUGCCAAGAAACGAGAAGAAGAAAAUAAGAGAAAAGAAGCCAACCUGCAGAAGGGAAUGCAGAACCUGCAGCUCAAUUUUGUACAGCAGCAGCUUGCAAAUAGAGAGAAGAGUUACGCUAGUGCACAGCUAUUUAGUAAACCAGCUGAUGUGCAUAGUAAAAGACCUUUCUCCUGCAGCAUGUCUCAAGACCAAGCAGGGAGAAGCAACAGAGGUUCACCUACAGGUUCUCAAAACAAAGCAACAUCAAAGGAGAAAUGCCCACCUGCAGAGCUUCUGGGUGAGGAUUGCAAAUGCAAGAAAGAAUAUUCUAGGAAACACAUCAAAAAGAAGCCAGCUUGUGUGCAUUUCCAUUGUAGUAAAGAAAAUGGUGGAAACAGAGCAAAACAUGCAACUACUACAGAAGUGGAUGGUGAAAAGCAUAAAAAUCAGACUGCAAGGGCAAAUGGUUCCUUUGGACAUGGCAACAAAAAGCAAAACCCUGCAUGUAGGCCAACCAGUGCUGGGGAUAAAUUAAGAGAUCAAAGUCAAUCUACAUUGGGUGGCAGAAGCCAAUGUGAAGAAACAGCAGCUUGUUUACAGAACCUUAAUUGCACUGAUGGAAAAGCAAGGAAUUCAAGGCAGUGUGAAACUGCCUCAAGCAGCAAAAUGCAGCAACUGAGAGCAAGAAGUAGACAGUUAAAGGAUGAGAGGUGUUCUCCUGCUGGUUCCAGCAGGCCUGGAAGUGCUAGAGUGGGGUCUGGAAACAUCAGAAGUACCAGCUCAGGUGGCACAGUGAAAUCUAUCCAUGUGGCAAAUGAUGAAUUAAAAAAACGGGCCCGCCCUUUAUUGUCUGUUGAGGUAGGAAUUACAAGACUGGUGCCAAGCGAUACAGCAACGUGUGCUGUUUCUGAAGACAAUCUGGACUUGGAAAAAACAGAUCAGUCAGGCCCUCUUCCAACAUGGCCAAGUAUGCAUAACGAACUCAUUCCAUUAGAGGUACGGAUACAGAUAAUAGAAAAGGAAAGAACAAGAAAAGAGCUGUUUCGGAAGAAGAACUAUGCUGCUACCAUUAUUCAAAGAGCAUGGAGAAGUUACCAACUAAGACGGGACUUGUUCCAGCUACUAAGUACUAAGCGACAGUGCAAAGAAGAUGAAGACAAAUGGAGACAAGAGACAGCUGCCUUUUUCAUCCAGGUCGCUUGGAAGAAACAGCUGAACCAUAGCCCUCUGAAAUUAGUUCCUUCAUGUAAAAAACAAAAAUCUAUAAACAAAAGCAGCUCAACCAUAAACACUAGCAAGCAGUCCAUCCUCAAACAAAUAUAUGGGUGCUCUCAAGAAGGAAAAAUAUGCCAUCCAGGAAGACUGUCUUCAAAGCAUAAACUUGCUGAUAUACAUCUGAUCUCAGUAAACAACCUGCAGCAUAUACAUCUGCCUGAGAAUACAGGAAAAAUGAAGCAGUUUUCAUACAACAUCAGACCGACCACUGCUGCAAAAUCAAAAAGCACAAGACCCAAGCAUUAAGUCAGUUGUUCUCGACCUUGUUUUUUCAAGACCCCUGUCAUUCAACACAAGGCAUGCCUUGGAAAAUACCAGCUCUUAGGUUUCACUUGUUUUUUUUGACUACGGAAAAAUGCUAGCGCAAUUCUUCUGUUGGAAUAUACUCAAAGACCACAACAGGGCAGAAAGGUUUUGACACUGAGGAUUCUUCCUAUUUGAAGUCUCUGGGGUUUAUCGUGUGAAUCGUGUGCAAGUGUCAUGCAAUAUUAGACCUGGCAGGUCUAAUAUUGCAUGACAUCCCGCAGCACCCUUAAAAAGAUCUUGCAACACCCUGGUUGAGAAUUACUGCAUUAACCACAAAUGAAGAGUUGCAAGGAAGAACUUGACAAGAACAUAAAGAAUAAGCACAGAUUGUAUUUUCUUUGUAUUUUUGUAUGUAUUUUUUUUACCAUUUAAAAGAAAAAAUAUGCUAAAUACUAAACCAGCAAAGGUAUCUUUGAUUAUUGUAUUAUUUCUUUGUUGUAUACCAAAGCAAGAUGUUCAGGGAGUUGAACACAUUUCAUUUUGUGUACAAUGAAGCACAGCAUCUAAAAUCCAAUUUGUUUACCGACAGGCUGAAGUCUAUAUGGCAUUUGGCAGUUGUGUACAAGUGAGAGUUAGGUUCCAGCCUUAACUGCUGAGCUGUCUCAGCAUGCCUUUUUCAGAGUUACUGGCAAAUAUAUUUUUAAAGUGUUACUUAUAACCACAUUUAUCUACAUCUGGAAUAGAGGAGUCAUUACUAUAUUUUUCUAUUCUCCGACCCUAUUAAAGAUUAUACCAAUUUACAAAAGCAUUUUUACAGUCCAAUAAAAAGAUAGUUCACCCUGGUGAAACUCAAAACAGGGACCUGAUGAAGAAUGCAUUGCAUUCAAAAGCAUGUCUAAAUUUAACCCAACUGUGUAGUUGGUCCAAUAAAAGAUAAUCGCCCACGAAGAUCCUUGCCUCUCACAUUGCAGAAGAGCCAGUUUAGGAGACUAAUUUUGCUCAGCACCACCCAGCGCACCAGACAUCCUGGCAUACUCUGGUACACCCAAACUAAUUUUCCCCCACAUCCUGUGUGUUUACAUCCAUCAGUAAACACUUUUAGAUAAGAUACCAAUGUUUCGUUUUGACCAAAAAUGUCGGUUUUUUUCUUUCCAGUCAACAAUGCCUAAGUAAGUUUCAGCAGUCCCAAAUGAAAGUUCUUCAGAGCUUUUCAUCCCAUGAAAAUUUGAUU